AUGGGCCAUGAAAAAUGGCUAUGCCCUCUACUCCUGCUUUUUGCGUUCACUGUCUUGGUGAACAAAUUCUUCUGGAUCUUUCUCAUUACCCAUCGCGCUGAACAAGUUGUCAGCAUCAAAAAGAAUGAUCAGCCGAUCCAGGACUUGCAGGGCCCAAUUGAAGACAACGCCGGCAAGAUCACAGCUCAGCUGAGGAGGCAGGAAAAGCCCUUUUACGAAUACUUUCAUCCUGCCAUGGGAAUUUGCGACACUGUUACCAGUUACGGCGGCUUUAUGGUUGAGCUGAAAAGACUGCUGAUAAAUACGACGGCUAUUGAGGGCAAGCUUGGCGGUGAAGACUACGAAUCAGUAAUGUUUCAAGAUGAGGAGAGCGAGUACGUGAAGCUAGGCAGAAACACCUUUGCGGUAGAAUGUGCAGCUUUUCACAAACUUGAUAAGUAA